UCAAAAUCUUCGUGAUCUCGAAUCAUCACGAAAAUUAGGUGGAAUUAUUGCAAUAAUCAAUGGAACAUCAAAUGUUGCUUCAAGACCAAGCGCAUUUUCACCGGAUGAUACAUGUCCAAAUUGUCAAUAUGGAUUAUAUAGGGACGAAAAGGAUCAAUAUCAGUGGAAUCCUAAUGGACAAGGAUUAAUUCAGGAAAGAUUUGAUUUUCCAAUAUUUGCUGUUUAUCCAUUCGAUAAUCGCUCUUCAAAAUCUUAUAAUCGAAUCAUGGAGGGUGCUGAAAACAACGUGAGGAAGUCAUUUAAAGAAUAUCCAUUACAAGCUGUAGAACUUAGUGUGGAUAAUGGAGUUUCAGGCACAAUUGCUUUAUUGGCUGUCGCAGAUGCUAUAAGUCAACUUCCUAAACAUAUUUUAUAUACAUUGUUUAAUGGUGAAGCGUGGGGUUUUGCUGGAUCCUCAAGAUUUGUAGCAGAUAUUACCCAAUUUAAUUGCCAGGUAAAAGGAUCUGCAAAAGGUUGUCCUUUUAAGAAUGGUUGUGGUUUUCCAUGUAAACAAGAUCUUGAUUUUACGCGGAUCAACUUUGCAAAUAUUGAGUCGAUAUUCGAGUUCAAUCAGAUUGGCAUGAACACGACAGGAUUUUAUGUUCAUGUGGAUUCCAACA